GGCGCGGGUCCUGGCGGCGCGGAAAACGCGCCAAGUUUCCCGUGGUGGGGAGAGCGGCGCCGGGGCGCCCCGCGGUCUCCAUGGCAACCGGCGGGGCCCGGCGGCGGCCCGCACCGCGCCGGCACGUAGCGGUGUGAGCGCCCGUUGCAGCUUCGCGGCCGCUUCCCUCCGUGCCAGGAAAGAUGCCCGGGGUGUUGCCGAGUGACAGCACUGCGAGAGGGAGCCCGUCCAAAAAGAACCGGCUUUCGUUGAAGCUCUUCCAACGGAAGGACACGAAAAGAGCGCUGGAUUUUACGCAGUCGCAGGAAAAUGAACAAAAGAGCUCGGAAUUCAGAGGCUCCGAGAUUGAUCAGGUUGUUCCUGCAGCACAGCCUCCCUCGCUUGUUAGCUGUGAGAAGAAAGACAACAUGUUGCCUUUUGUGGGCUUGAACAAUCUGGGUAACACUUGUUACCUUAACAGUGUACUUCAGGUAUUAUAUUUUUGUCCUGGCUUUAAAACUGGAGUAAAACAUUUAUAUAAUAUUAUUUCAAAGAAGAAAGAAUCUCUGAAGGAUGAAGGAGAGCAAAAAGCAGAAAAGGGAAAUUGUAAAGAAGAUCCACUGGCAAGUUAUGAACUAAUCUGCAGUUUGCAUUCACUGAUCCUUUCAGUUGAACAGCUUCAAGCCAGCUUUCUCUUAAAUCCAGAAAAAUAUACAGAUGAACUUGCUACUCAGCCACGAAGGCUACUGAAUACCCUCAGAGAGCUCAACCCUAUGUAUGAAGGCUACUUGCAGCAUGAUGCCCAGGAAGUUCUGCAGUGUAUCCUGGGUAACAUUCAAGAAACGUGUCAGCUACUGAAGAAAGAAGAAUUGAACAAACUGCCUGUGGAAGAGCCUACAGCUAAACCAGAGGAAAAACUUCACCAAAAUACUGAGAGCAAUGGAACUGGCAGCCCUGCUGAGGAGGAGGAGAACACACCAAGUAGCCAUGUUGGAGAGACAGCUGAGGACAAGCUACUCAAAGGCAAUGGGAAAAGAAAGAGUGAUGCAGAGGGUGGCAAUGCAAAGAAAAAAUCCAAAGUAUCAAAAGAGCAGAUUGCAGCAGAAGAGAAUCAAAGACAAACCAGGUCAAAGAGGAAAGCGACAGGAGAGAAGUUAGAAAAUCACACUGAUGCCAUUGCCAAGUGUUCCAGUGAAAAUGAGAGUGCAAAGCCAACCCAGAAGAAGUCCCGGCUCAGAUUAAACUGGUUAAAAUCUUCAUGCAAGCAGCCUAGUAUUCUGUCUAAAUUUUAUAGUCUAGGAAAACUAACUACAAACUUGGGAUCCAAAGACCCAGGGAAAGAAAAUGAUGACUGUGAGCUGGAAGAGUCAUCUGGAAAGUGUGAAAAUGGCAACAGUAUUAAAGAAGAGUAUCAUGAACCUGCAUCUCCUGUGGAAAGCCAUAAUGAAAAAGGAACUGAAAAAGAACCAAAAAAGGAAGGUACAGAGCUGGCUGUUUUUGAACUAGUGGAGAAGCUGUUCCAGGGCCAGUUGGUUCUGAGAACAAGAUGCCUGGAGUGCGAGUGCUUUACUGAAAGGAGAGAAGAUUUCCAGGACAUCAGUGUUCCAGUGCAAGAAGAUGAACUUUCUAAAUCUGAAGAGAGUUCUGAAAUUUCUCCAGAGCCAAAAACAGAAAUGAAGACUCUUAAAUGGGCAAUUUCACAGUUUGCAUCAGUGGAAAGGAUUGUGGGAGAGGAUAAAUACUUCUGUGAAAACUGCCAUCAUUACACAGAAGCAGAACGCAGCCUUUUAUUCGAUAAAAUGCCUGAAGUUAUAACAAUUCAUUUGAAGUGCUUUGCUGCUAGUGGCUUAGAGUUUGAUUGCUAUGGAGGACUAUCCAAGAUAAACACUCCCUUGUUGACACCCCUCAGACUCUCACUAGAGGAAUGGAGCACAAAGCCAACCAACGACACCUAUGGAUUAUUUGCUGUGGUAAUGCACAGUGGCAUUACAAUUAGCAGUGGACACUAUACAGCUUCUGUCAAAAUCACCGAUCUCAACAGCCUGGAGCUGGAUAAGGGAAAUUUCAUCACUGACCAAAUGUAUGAAAUGAUUAAACCAGAACCACUGAACGAGGAGGAGGCGAGAACUAUUGCUGAAGACUACGACGACGGCGAAGUCUCAUUUAGAGUCAAUGGAAACACACAGCCGGGUAAAGUUCUGAACAAAAAGAACAUGGAAGCUGUUGGACUUCUAGGGGGGCAGAAGAGCAAGUCUGACUGUGACCUCUACAACAAGCCAGCUAACCCAGAGAAGUUCCUCAGUGUAGUUACCGAGAACAGAAAUCCCGAGUCUAGCAGCAGUAACGGAGGUGCAGAGUGCAGCACAGAGCACGGCGAACAAAACGGUGUUAAUUCCAGUGGACUAGAGAACAAAGCCCUGUAUGUGCUGCAGAGCCUGAAAGAGUAUGAAGGGAAGUGGUUGCUUUUUGAUGACUCUGAAGUGAAGGUUACAGAAGAAAAGGACUUUCUGAAUUCCCUUUCUCCGACAUCGUCAUCUACAUCAACUCCUUACCUACUGUUUUAUAAGAAGAUUGUAGAGUGAUACUGUAUUUUGACUGUAAAUAUCAGGGACUUAUAUACACCAUUUGGUCUGGUUUGCAUCAAAACUACCUGGAGGAAGCAGCUGUUCUGUUUUUGAAGCUAUUGGAUCAUAAUGUUUCUGGUCUUUUUUGUUUGGUUUAAGUGGCUCAACUUGAAUUAACAAACCGUGACACAAAACUUACUUACUUAACUCCUGUAACUUUGAUGCUGGACAAUAGUGAUCUUACCUUUUAGAAAUACCAAUUUGUAUAGUUCCUAAAGGAUGCUUACAGGACAUGGUAGUGGUUUUAACUCAACUCUAGCUCUCAGAGAUACCUAUUGUAUUAUUAGCGUUUUCUUUUUUUAAUAAAAGUUAUUUGUAUUCAUAUCCUGGAGUAAAUGUAUAUUAACUAGCAGAUUUCAUCAGAAGUUGUGUAUUUUUGUAACUUGGGAAGUACUACUUCAUAUUUAGUCUUUGGGUAAUUGACGUGGUUUAUUCUCCUUAUCCAGUUCUCUACAGCUCGGUGCAACUCGAAGCACAAGAGAAGGGUCUUGUAACCUCACUUAGUGUCUUGGGAGGAACUGAACUUAAUAGAAAUGUUUGAAUGGCUCUAAUUUGCAUCUUGCUGCAUAGGUGUUACAUGGGCAACGUGUAAAUAGGUGUGAUUAAUACUUGCAAGCAGGGGGAGCGUGUAGUGUAAUUAAAAUAAUUUUGUACUUUUAAAGCCCUCUAAUAUGCAUAUCUGUUUGAGUGGGUUUGGGCCCUAGUGUGAUCUUCUAACAGUUCCUUUGUACUUGGAGCUCACUGAAAUGUGGGAAAACAGAAGCAUUUGGCUUUGAUGCUUUGUUAAGAUUGUAUAUAUAUGAAAUAAAAACUUUAUGAUAUGCA